AUGGACGCAUCCCAUCGAGCUGCUAUGCUCACCGCCUCCUGCCUGCGUACGCCGGUGAACCCGCGCACCAGAGCGCCGGCCGCGCAUUUUGAACGGGAGCCAGGAAGGGCCUCAUUCGGAGAUGGCGUGGGGCAGGAAUCCUUAAGUCCAGGGAGAGAAUACAAUUCCAUCAUGUAUGCUCAUUGUGAAGAUUGGCUAGAUCUCUCAAACAUGUACCUCUCAAAUCAGGAAUAUUAUUUAAAGCUGGAAGAACUUAAGAAUGCUCAUCUGGAAACCAUGGCAAAACUGGAAAACAUGUAUCAGAAUAAGCUAUUUCUAAAAGAUGUUCAUCCUUUAACCAACUCAGACGUGACUUGUAGUAAGACUUACAGAUCAGCAUGGGAAACAAACUCAUUUCAACUUCAGGACAUGCAUAAAUCAUUUUCUGAGUCUGAUCUAAACAAUUCUUUUCAUUCAAAUUUCUCUGAUAUAACUGAUGAAGAACUAGAGUUAGAAGCAAGUGACAGUGAUGCUGGUUCAGUAACACUGGGCAAGACUGAAAAUGCAUGGGAUGCCUGUUCUUUGGAGGAUUAUUCACUGUGUGCUAAAAAUAUUUUACCUAAAUUAAAUGUUUUGAAGAUAAACAAGAAAAAGAAAAAAUGGUUCCCAAAGAUCACAGUACCGGAACCUUUCCAGAUGACUAUUAGAGAAGCGAAGAGGAAACAACAGAAUAUCAAAUCCAAGUCACUGAUGCAACUGGAAAAUAACUUGCUGAAGAAACAAUUAGAGGAGGAAGCAGAGUGUCAAAAGAAAUUCCGAGCCAAUCCAGUACCUGCAUAUGUCUUUGUUCCUCUCUAUCAUGAAAUAACACAGGAAAAUGAAGAACGUAGAAAGUCAUUUAGAGAAAGGAGGAGAGAGUUUCUUCUAGCAACACAAAAGCCAUUUCAGUUUAUUGAAAGAGAAGCACAAAAGAAAGAACUGAGGAAAAUGCAAUUUUCCUCACCAGAAAAAAAAGCAAAAAUGUUCAAAGCUAAACCAGUUCCUAAAUUUGUUUACAGUUCAGAAAUGAGAGAAAAACUAAAGGAAGAAGAACUCUAUAGAGACAUUAGAAUUCAAGUUAGAUCUGAAGAGCUUCUACGUAAUUCAUCACUUCCCAACAGCAGAUUAGGAAAUAGAGGCGUCAUUAGGCCCAGGCAACAAAACUGCUUUGAACAAAGUGAAGAAUCAGAAUGCAAGCCAAAGACCAAAGUUAAAGUCCCUGAUUUUGAAACAUUACAUAAAAAAUUCCAGCGGCAGCUUCAAAGACAUAAGAAUGUGAAAAGUGUCACAAUCAGUGAGCCUUUCAAUCUCUGUACACCAAAUAUCUCAUCCAACAAAGAGAAAAUUCUUGAUGACAUCAAAAUGGAUGAAGCAACAUUAAAGGAAAUACGGCGGCCUUAUGUCUCUGCAAGAUGUCAUCCUCGAAUGAAGUCUUUGAAUGCAAGUUCAUGUCCUUCAGGCUGUGAACAGUCUCCAUCUCCAAGAAUUACAGAAUCUACAAGAAGACGAUUAGAAGCCAUAAGGAAACAUGAAAAACAGAGAAUGAAAGAGUAUCUGCAGGAACUGGAAGAAAUGGAAGAAAGGGUGGAAAAGAGACCUCUGUUGUUGGAACAAGCCACACAGAAAAAUGCACGGCUAGCAGCAGAGAAGCAUUAUUCUGAUGUGCUCCGAGAGCUGGGGCUGUGUGAAGACUUUAUUUCAAAGAAAGGCCAAACUGCUAGUGAAGAAUUUUUGCAGGAUCGCUCCAGUAAUAGCUCUGAAAGCUUGGUAGCAAAUGUAGAAAGUGAUAAUGAACAUGAAGAAAAAAGAGAAUCUGAAGGAGAAGAUGACUCCCAACUCCAGUCAGCCCAGCAUAGUGGGGAGGAGGAGGAGAAAGAAGAAGAAGAUGAAGAUGCAGUGGCUCAAUCAGAUCAUGUUGUCCAAGAAGCUACUGAGCAUGAAAGUGAAAACGAUUACAAAGAUUCAAUAGAAAAAUCCAGUGAUUAUGAGGGCUGAUAAAAAUAUAUUGCUA